UUUCAAGAGUCUCUAAAGUAGAAAGAGGAUUUACAAUUUCAUCAUGGAUAUUAAAUUGAAUCUUUUCAUUUUGGGAAUAAUUUUAACUAUUUCUGUUUCCUGUGAAGCUGUAAAAUGCAUACAGUGUAAUAGUACAGACAAAAAAUGCCAAACGGAAGAUGGUUCAUUUCCAGUGACAGAUUGCCCAACAGAGUCAACACAAUGUUUUACUUUAAUUGAAGAAAAUGGAAAUAUUAAGCGUGGAUGUGUUAGUAAUAUCACAGAAAAAUCUGAUGGAAACAAUUACCAAACUUGUACUGGUGAUGGAUGUAACAAUGUAAAUACUAAUGUUACUAUUGCUACUGAGACUCGAAACAUUGCUGUUAGAGCAACAACUUCCUGCUACAAAUGUCGCAGUGAUGAAAAUGCAAAAUGUGCUGACGCAUAUGCGGAAAACAAUUAUAAAUCUGAGCCAUGCCGAAAUGCGAUGACAUUAUCAGGCGAUCUUCUAUGUUAUAUUGAGAGAUGGAAUGGUAUUGUCAUUAGAAGCUGUUUGGCUGACGCUGAUGAAAAAUCAAGGAAAAAUUGCUUAGAUACUAACCAAAAGACUUGUAAAACUUGCAAGGGAGAUAAUUGCAAUACCGAAAAGGCCCCAGAUUCAGCAUAUAGCAUUGCUCUGACUAGUGGAUUAUUGGCAGCUUGCCUGUUGGUUUUGAAGUUCUUUUAAGAUUUAAAUUUCUUGUAGCUCACGUAUCUAUGCUGAUAUGUUUUGUAUGGAUUUCAAAAUUCUAUUAAGUGUAAUGUUA